UUCAUAAUAACAACAUGGCAGCCCUCGUUAGAAGCAGACACCGGUGGAAAAGAAUUAACUGUUUACAAGUUUUUACGAGAAACCUGACAGGGAAGUACAACUAUGAUCUGCUGGUGAUUGGUGGAGGCUCUGGAGGUCUUGCUUGCUCCAAAGAAGCGGCACAGCUGGGACAGAAAGUUGCCGUUUUAGAUUAUGUGGAACCAACUGCUAAAGGUACCAAAUGGGGUCUUGGUGGGACAUGUGUCAAUGUUGGCUGCAUUCCUAAGAAGCUCAUGCAUCAGGCUGCUCUUCUUGGUACUGCAGUCAAAGAUGCUAAGAAGUACGGCUGGCAGAUAUCAGGGACAGUCUGCCAUGACUGGGCCACCAUGGCAGAGGCUGUUCAAAACCAUGUCAGGUCUCUGAAUUGGGGUCAUAGAGUCCAACUUCAGGACAAGAAGGUGAAAUAUCUGAACCUCAAAGGAAGUCUGGUGGACGAACACACAGUUAGAGGAGUGAAUAAAGCAGGAAGAGAGACAAUCCUGACUGCCAAGAACAUUGUAAUCGCCACAGGAGGACGACCCAAGUACCCCACAACUAUCCCUGGAGCGAUGGAGCAUGGCAUCACUAGUGAUGACAUAUUCUGGCUGAAGAAAUCUCCUGGAAAAACACUUGUUGUCGGAGCCAGCUAUGUGGCUCUUGAGUGUGCAGGCUUCCUCACAGGCAUCGGCUUAGAUGCCACAGUGAUGGUUCGCAGCAUCGCCCUCCGAGGAUUCGAUCAGCAAAUGGCAGGUCUUGUUACAGACUAUAUGGAAGCCUAUGGGACCAAGUUUGUGUGGAAGUCUGUCCCAAACAGAGUCGAUAAACUUUCUUCAGGAGCCCUCCAGGUGACAUGGACAGACACUCAGACCGGCAGCCAACACAAAGACACCUACGACUCUGUGUUAUGGGCAGUUGGCAGAGCUCCUGAAACCAAAGCCCUUGGUCUUGACAAGCUUGGCGUGCAACUCAACAAAGAGACGGGGAAGAUAGUUGUAGGUGCUGAUGAGUCGACCUCGGUGCCAAACAUCUACGCUUUCGGUGACAUCGGUGAGGGCCGCCCCGAGUUGACCCCGACGGCCAUUAAAGCGGGAAAGCUCCUCGCCCACAGACUGGCCGGUCAGAGUGCUGAGCUCAUGAACUAUGACAACGUGCCCACAACGGUGUUCACCCCUCUCGAAUACGGCUGUGUUGGUCUCUCUGAGGAGGAGGCUGAGAAGAGGCACGGAAAAGACGGCAUUGAGGUGUACCAUGCUUUCUACAAGCCUCUAGAAUUCACUGUGGCUGAGCGUGAUGCCAGUCAGUGUUACAUAAAGGUGAUAUGUGAGCGUGGAGGCAACCGGAAGAUCCUUGGUUUGCAUUUCACUGGUCCAAAUGCUGGAGAGGUCACACAAGGUUUUUCUAUGGGCUUCCAGUGUGGAGCAACAUAUUCUCACCUGUUGCAGACAGUCGGAAUCCACCCAACCUGUGGUGAGGAGGUGGUCAAGAUCAAUAUCACAAAGCGCUCUGGCCUGGAUGCCACAGUCACAGGCUGCUGAGGUUAAGCACCUUGGCCUCUGAACACACAUUGAGCACACGGGAAUCUAAGCAAAGGCAGAAGGAAGUAGGUCUGGGUUUAUCCUGCGUUUUCUCCUUUUAAUUCUCCAUUUCUAUGGCUCCCGGUUUUACUAAUCUGACUGGGAUUUUAUCUUCACCUUGUCAUAGACCAUUGGUGGAGGUCAUCUCUGGCUCUGUAGAUUAAUGUCACUGACAUAUCGUGUGAUAAGCAGGAUUGUUAUUAUCCCACAUUGCACAUGUGUGUGCUCUAAAAGCACUGAGCUAUAGAUCAGGUUAAUGAGAGCCUGGGCACAGAGCAAGCAUCUUUUAAAUAAACAGGCUCAUCAAUCAAGAUUAAGACUUACAUUGAGUAUUUUGUUGAAACCGCACAAGAAACAUAGACCGAGUCCAAAUGUUCUUCUGAAUAUAUAUAUUCUGCAAAUAUUGUUGUUUCUCUGGCUGUACUUCCUGUCCAUUAGUCUUGGAGGUGACACAUACCAUACACCUCCCCACCAUGACACUGAUGGAUGGCCCCAGGGCCGUCGCCGCAGCGACACCACUCCAUUUCCCAUGGACACACACAAAUAGUUGGCAGGGCUCCCGUCAGUCAGCCAUCCAGCAAAGACCUGAGCCAGGGAGCCCCAGCCUGUUUAGGGCCUAGCAGAGUCCAGCAGACCCCUUCCUUUUCCUCCCAUGCCCUUCUGUAUCCACAUGCAUGGAAAGAAUAUAGUGGGGCUACUAAUAUGUGCUGUCAAAAGCUGUAUGGAUGCCACAUUCCAGGCACACUGAACUCAAUUUAAUAAUAAUAGUACUUCUGUGAGAGUUUCAUUGCAGGUUGUACUACCCAAUUUCACCCAAAGGCGGCACUCUUGCCUUCUAGUUCUCUGUUCUUUGUGAGCCAAGAGCAGAAGAUAGGGUGAAGCAGUCACUGUAUAAGACAUCAGCCUGAGUACAUUCAGGUUGCACAUUUAAUCCUUUUAAUCCCUUUUAAAGGUAUGUGCUUUUGGAUGAAACAGGUGAGCUAGUUUGAUUAGUGCCAAACUGAUAAGGGUUAUCUGUUGUAUAUUUACAUGAGUGGCAAGUUAGCCCUCAAGAGUCAUCACCCUUGGAGAUAAGGUGACUUGUUUAUAUCAAUAAAACAUUAAUGGACCCCCACAGAUUGCCAAAGCACUCAAAUGUUCAACCUGCUGCUUGUACCGGACAUCUUGGGUUUAUUAAGUAGAUGAGGGAGGAGGACUGUCAAUAAAGAGGGUUGCUAUAGAAAUUGAGGAACCGAUGAGGAGCUCGCUGGCUGUAGUUUAUUUUCAUUUGAAGUCUAAUCUGCGCAGUCUGAUUAAUGAUUCUGAUGAGGGGAGUGACAGCGUGCUAGGAGAUGGAGAGAUGAAAAAGAGAGAGAGUGAGAGCUACCAGGUUUGUUUGGGCCCAGGCCUGAGGAGUUGGAGCUGAGUUCCAGCCUCGAUCAGGGAGGGAAGGGGGAUUCCUGUGUGCUCUGUUCAGGGCCGAGGUGCUGACUGAAGGACCCUGACCUCCGCUCAGCAGGAACAGCUUGACUCUAUCACUUGGAGCACAGAGGGGCUCAUAUGCUGCAUGGCAGGGGCUUUGGGGAUGAGGUGGUGGUGGGGGGGGUGUUCCAGGUGAAGAAAGGGGGUAGGACGGGCAGGGAACAGACACAACCAUCCAACUAUCCAACCAACACAACACCGAGCAGAGCCUGGGGUAACUGAGUCUGUGUUCCUGUGCUUAACGAGCCACUUCAGAGACCCCAGGGUGAGCCCAAGGCAGCGUGAGGGAAGUCAUUGAGACCAUCAGUGUAACUGUUAUGUCUGUUUGCUUUUUAGCGUCCACCUCCCCUCUGCUUUGUCUCAUGUGCUCUGAUAUUUGACGAUCACAGCAACUGUUCACAUGCAAAAAUGAAAUCCUUGGUUUAUUUCUGUGAAAUAUCUAACUUGAAUGACUCCUGUUUGUUGUUGAUCGUCCACUCCAGGCCAAAGAUUUGACCUGUUAGCCUCAGCUGUGCUUCACAGUGGGGGAUGUCAGGGUUCAACUUUCAGGGCGGCCAGCUAAUGAUGACCUGCGCUAAAACCCAAAACUGGGGAGUGCAGGCCUGAUGUCACCUGGCCACAAACUUUAGUACAUGUAAAUAGAGAAGUGUAAUUUUCCCUUAAAGCUUUGUGAUACAUAAUUUAUAUGUAAAGUAAUAACACAUUGCGAUUCAGUGUCACCAUUAAAGAAAUAAU